UCACAGGUUAGGGAAACGCUACCAAAUCCCUCCCUCCGCUCUCUUCUUCCUCGCCGCGGUGAUUCUUUCCUCACUCCCCACCCCAGCCCGCUCGGCGCUUGCUCACUACUGAUCUCACGGGGAGGGCCCGGCGGCCAAUCGCCGCCUCCAGCAUCGUCGAGCCUCGCGCCUCACGCCUCCUCCUCUCACUCCCGAGCCGGCAACCGCGGCAGCAGGAGCGGCGAGAGGAGGGCAAGGCGAAGACCCGAGAGGACGCAAUGGAGUACAGAAGAGUGAAGGAUCAGGAGAGUUAUGACGCCAUAUCUCAGAAGGACAUAGAAAGCCCUGAUGGGAGGUCUCUUUCUAGCACUGCAGCAACUUCCCCCCUUGGCACCGUAGGAGGUUCGAAGGGCAAGAAUAGCUGGAAGCAAAAGUCUAUUGUAACAAUUGCAUUGACAUUACUAACAAGUUCCCAGGCAAUACUGAUUGUGUGGUCAAAAAGAGCUGGAAAGUAUGAAUAUAGUGUCACAACAGCAAAUUUUUCGGUGGAAGCUUUAAAAUGUCUAUUAUCACUUCUAGCCCUGUACAGAACAUGGAACAGUCAAGGUGUUACAGAAGAUAAUAGGUUAAGUACAUCAUUUGAUGAAGUUAGUGUUUAUCCUAUCCCUGCCGUACUUUACAUGGUAAAGAAUCUAUUGCAGUAUUACAUCUUCGCCUAUGUGGAUGCACCAGCUUACCAGAUCCUGAAGAACCUGAAUAUUAUCAGCACUGGUGUCUUAUACCGUAUCAUUUUAAAGAAAAAAUUAAGUGAAAUUCAGUGGGCUGCAUUUAUUCUCUUAUGUGCUGGCUGCACUACGGCUCAGCUAAACCCCUCAUCAGACCAUGUUCUUCAAACGCCAAUUCAAGGUUGGAUGAUGGCCAUUGUGAUGGCUCUUCUAAGUGGUUUUGCUGGGGUAUACACAGAAGCUAUAAUAAAAAAACGUCCUUCGAGAAACAUCAAUGUGCAGAAUUUCUGGCUGUACAUUUUUGGAAUGCUCUUCAACUUAGUUGCCAUUUGUGUUCAGGACUUUGAUGCUGUCAUGAACAAAGGCUUUUUUCAUGGCUACUCAUUUAUUACACUUCUGAUGAUUCUUAACCAUGCACUCAGUGGCAUUGCUGUAUCAAUGGUGAUGAAGUAUGCUGACAAUAUUGUCAAGGUGUAUUCAACUUCAGUCGCAAUGCUUCUGACGGCAAUUGUAUCGGUCUUCUUGUUCGGCUUCAACCUAUCCCUUGCAUUCUUCCUCGGAUCUAUGGUCGUUUCAAUCUCCGUGUAUCUGCAUUCUGUCGGGAAGCCACAGCAGCAGAAAUGAGUUCCUCCCCCAUCUUUCUUUCCAAGAUUGGCAGCGAGCGCCUCGAUGCGGCGUCGUGGAACAGAUUAUGGACGGCACGGCAGCAUCGAAGGGGAAUAGGCUUCGUUCUAGGUCAUGGCACUGUUGUUGAGGCAAGGCGAUUCGCCCGGUGACAUAUUCAGGUUCACCAUCCGUUUGAACUGCUUCUUUGGUGGCAUACCUGGCUCACUUUUGCUUCGUGACCAGGGUGGAUGACAUACGCUAGUUUCUUAUCUGGGUAGGUCGGCGAGAAUGCAAGACGCUGGCUAUCUUCUUCAUGCCUCCCUUUUGACCUCUUUUACUCUUUUAGCAUACUCGGAUUACUACUAGCUAAUUAUCAUUGUAGGCACGGACAACUUGCGCAGAUGUCCAUGCCCAAUGUUUCGAUCUGAAAUAUACCGUGGGGUAUGUGUCAGCUAA